AAAACUCCUUCCAGUGCAAAGCCUACUUAUUGAUCCUACUGAAAGAGUCCUGAUCUGGGAACCGGUGUUGUUCUUCCAUUUCUGCCUGAAGCUGGCUGAAGUGGUGAAGACCACACAUGAACUUCACAAGGUGCUGCAGCCCCUACCUGUCUGCUUGCUCUCUAUUCCCAGCCAUUUUCUAUCCCCAAGUAUUCAAUGACUGGAUUGUUUAAGGGGCAUAUGAGCAUCAAAAGUAGCCCUUUUUUUCCUGGAUCUUCCUCCAAGCUGUCAACCCAGUAUAUCAUGCAGGAUCACAUGGCCACCCAUCACAGGAAACUGCUGUCUGCCAAAGCUGCUGUUGACUCAUCGGCACCAAGGAGCUUACACACUAGUAUUAAAUCUCUUGGGGAUACUAUAAAAGUUGCUGUUGUUUGUGUCAUGUGCACAGACAGGGAUCAACUGAGGAAAGGAAAACUGAUUAAUGCAGUGAAGACAUAUAAGAAGGAAGUCUUUCGGCUCUGCUCAGAAUCCCUGCGUAAUUCUCAAAGUGUUUCCCCAAAGCCCUCGAAGGAGUGUCUGACUAGAAAGCAUCCUCUGCCUGAACCUCAGUGUGCCGUGGAAUUACCCCAAAGCACAAGCCUUCUGGGUUCUCCAGGACAUCCUCAGCUCCCAUUACCUGUUCUGUUGGCCCGAGAGGCCUUUGAGGACAUUGUUCAGCAUGUUGGUCGGGAAUCCUGUGAUUGCCGGCCCAAACCAAUCCGGCAGGAAACCGGUCAGGUUCGGAGAGGAGCCCAUCCUGUCUCUGUAAAAAAUGCCUUUCAAGAUCCUCUAAAGAAAACCUACAGUGGCGAUAUCCUCCGUAAACAUUCUGACUGCUUCACUUCACCAAAUGAGCCUUUUGUCCCUCGAAUUUUAAAGAAGCAGAGAAAAUCCUACCUGUCAACAUAUAAGUAUUACACCCCUCCCAAGCAAAAGAAGGCGACUUCCCCAGGCAGCUCCCGGCUUGCAUCGGCACAGGUGUGCAGUCUCGGACAGACGGAUUUGACCAGACGUUCCAAGGGUGGCCAUCGAUCAUGCAUUGUUGAUGAUCCCUCCCAGCCCCCCAUUAAGGAAAAUAAGGUGUCACUUGCGGAACUUGGAACAUCGAAUUGUCCACAUUCAACCCUUUUGGAAAAGGAAGAAGAAUUGAAAUACCUCCAGUUUCUUCAGGACGUCACCGAUGACAUUUUGAUGAAAGGCUGCUUCCACAACCAGGCAUUUCACAGUGUAUUUCAAACACACAUAAGGAACAGAAGAUCUGACCUUGAUGAGGUAAAGAUGGAAAAAGUACUUGAGCAGCUCAAGGAUGAACUGACCAUCAGCAGCAGAGAUGAACAUGCUUCUCAGCUCUGCUGGUUUGCAGCCAGAUUAUGAUGAUCUGCUACGGGAUGCUUACUUAACCUAUCUCAUCCCGCUCCUUCAUCUGAUGGCAACUAUGGGAUGGGUGUGAAUUGGAGACACUGCACCAGGAUACCUGAGCAAGUGAAGAACUGUAAGCAUUUUUGUGAGUGGGGAAUAUGUCUGUUAAUUGUUAUAAUGUACUCUCCCAAGCGCUUAAUACAGUGCUCUACACACCAUAAGUGCUCCAUACAGUCAACUGAGGGGAAGUCAGAAAUGCAUUGUCUGCUGUGUGACCUUGGGCAAAUCAUUCACUUCUCUGGGCCUCAGUUACCUCAUCUGUA